UUACAGAAGCGGAACUUAUUAAAACAAGCUUUCAUUAUAUCGAUAAAUCAUUAAAUACAUCUGAAGAAAAUUUCCGAAAUAAAUUGAUAAAAGUCUAUGAAUAUGGAUUACAAAAACAGGGCAAUUUUAAACAAGAUUUACUUGAUGUUAAAAUUCAGAAUAUGAUAAUUGAUGAACCAAAUGGAACAAUUGAAAUUAUUUAUAAUCUAAGAAAUAAUGGAACUCUGAUGUCAUACGAAUAUGCCAACAAUUUGAUGACGUUAGUAUCGGCCGAACUCAUUUAUAAUUUAACAGGAUUUUCAGUUACUUCUAAAAUUGAAGCCUACAAUGUAAAAAAUUCAUCUGAAGCAAAUACGGCUCAAAUUAAUUGGAUUAAUUUGACAUCUAUGUUGAUUAUUCUUGGUUUAUUAUCGUUACUAGUGUUCUGUAUAUUUUGUCUUUAUUGCUGUGUUUGUCGUAAAGAUCGUGAAGAUUGGAUCGAAAACAUUAAUCAAGAGAUUAGCAGAUCAAUGCCUGCAAAUAGUUCAUCAAUACAACGUCUAAAUGAGCCAACCAAUUGGAAUAGUGUUGCAUCAAGUACUGAUGAUCUUGCAGUAUCAUUUUCCGGUACAGAUAUCAAAAAAAUCGAUAAAAGCAGUCAAUAUGAUUAUUCUACAUUAAAUUCAUCAACCAAAAAUUGGCAAACAUUUCCUACACGUAUUUCAUCAGCAUCAUAUAGUGGUAAACAGCAAUUCAUACCAGUCCAAUAUAAUAGCCAUGUAACUAGUCGCCAUAAUUCGGAUUAUGAUCGAAUCAGUUAUAUUCAUAGCCGAGAAACGAUACAAGAAACGCACAAACAUCCAAAUAUUUUGGAAAUAAAAUUAAGUGAAGAAACGCAAUCGAUUGUAAAAGAAAUUCGUAAAGAAUUAGAUCGAUAUAAUCAAAGAAAAAUACUGAAUGAUGACAGCUCAACAAGUGAAGCAUGAUGAUUCAAUGUGAUGUUAAAAUCAGUUUUUUAUUAUUAUUA